UCAGUUUUUCUUCGGACACGCCUUUUUUUCUGGUCGAAGCUCGAACAUGGAGACGGUUGGGAAAGUGAUUAAGUGCAAGGCUGCAGUGGCCUGGGAAGCUGGGAAGCCUUUAUCAGUGGAGGAGGUGGAGGUGGCACCACCCAAAGCCCAUGAAGUGAGAGUGAAGAUUCACGCGACGGCCGUGUGUCACACUGAUGCCUACACCCUGAGCGGCAGCGACCCCGAGGGCCUGUUCCCCUCCAUCCUGGGUCACGAGGGUGCAGGAACCGUAGAGAGCGUCGGAGAGGGAGUGACCAAGUUCAAACCAGGAGACAGGGUGAUCCCCCUGUACAUCCCACAGUGUGGAGAAUGCAAAUUCUGCAAAAACCCCAAGACCAACCUGUGCCAGAAAAUUAGGGUGACCCAGGGUCAGGGUCUGCUGCCCGAUAAGACCACCAGGUUCACCUGUAAAGGUAAACCCGUCUUCCACUUCAUGGGCACCAGCACGUUCAGCGAGUACACGGUGGUGGCCGACAUCUCGCUGGCCAAAGUGGACGAGAAAGCGCCGCUGGAUAAAGUGUGUCUGCUCGGCUGCGGGGUCUCGACCGGAUACGGCGCUGCGCUGAACACGGCCAAGGUCGAGCCCGGGUCUGUGUGUGCAGUCUUCGGUUUAGGAGCUGUCGGUCUCGCCUCCAUCAUGGGCUGUAAAGCGGCCGGAGCCUCCCGGAUCAUCGGCGUGGACAUCAACCCGGAGAAGUUCGAAAUCGCCAAGAAAUUCGGCGCCACCGAGUUCGUGAACCCAAAAGACCACAGCAAACCGAUUCAGGAAGUUCUGGUGGAGAUGACGGACGGAGGAGUGGACUACAGCUUCGAGUGCAUCGGCAACGUCGCCAUUAUGCGUGCCGCUCUGGAGGCGUGUCAUAAGGGCUGGGGUACGAGCGUGAUCAUCGGCGUGGCCGGAGCAGGUCAGGAGAUUUGCACUCGUCCCUUCCAGCUCAUCACCGGACGCUCGUGGAAGGGCACCGCAUUCGGAGGUUGGAAGAGUGUCGAAAGUGUCCCUAAACUGGUGGAAGACUACAUGAACAAGAAGCUGAUGGUAGAUGAGUUUGUGACACACACGCUGCCUUUCGAUCAAAUCAACGAAGCCUUCGACCUCAUGCAUGCCGGAAAGAGCAUCCGAGCCGUCCUGACGUUCUGAAGACCAGCUCCGGUUCCUCUGUGAUUCUUCAGUCUGUAGUUCAGCACUGAUUUCUGAGCACUUAUAUAGAGAGUUCUGAUCCUGGAAUAGAGUUUGUGAUUGUUACACUUUAAAACUGAUUAAAAAAGAUCAAUAAACAGAUCAUAAAAAAGUAAA